AACCCCAAAAAUCUGAGGUCAGGGCCACAGGGAGGUAUAAGUUGAAAAAUCUGUAACUGUUGAAGGAGAAGCUUCGGUGAAUGAUUUUAGAAGCCGCCCAAUUUGCUGUUCUUCAAAUAAAAAGGUUCUUCUUUUUCUUUUUAUUUUACUUUCCACCUUUUCAUUAUUCUUUUUAAUUCCAACUCAAUUUCUCCCGUCUUUUUUAUUUUUUUAUAUUUGUCAAUUCCUCUGUCUGGUUUCUGAUUUUUCUUUUUCAAAUUAAUGGAAGUUGAUUCACUUGUGUGUAUCAUAAAAUUAUAAUGCUUAAUAAAUUUAGAUAUCUGUUGCUGUUUUUUUCUGGGUCAAGUUGUUUAUUAGUAGUAAACUAGAGAAUCCAAGUAAUUGCUGUGUGGCCCUUGUGCUGGAGAAAAUGCACAAUUUUGGUUUGAAUUAUUAGUAACUGUUGCAGCUGAUUGCAUAUAAAAAGAAUUGAAUCAACAUAAUUGGUUACCCUAGACUAGACCCAAAAACAUUUGUCAAGAUAGGGUCUUUGGUUUGAAAGAAGCAAUGGAAGGAAAUUUUUUGCAAGGAGGCAUGGUUCGAGGGGGUACUUCAUUUGGAGGAUUUGAUUUGCAAGGAUCAUCUAGAGUUCGUCAUCAUCAACCGCCACAACCCUCAAUUCGUGACGGUUUUCCACUUACAAUGGGGACCGCACAGAGCGAGGAUCAAGCUAUUUCGGUGGCUGAUCAUAAUAAGGGAGAUAAGGGGAAAAUUGAGGUGAUCAGUGAUGAGGAUGAGCCGAGUGAAGACGGUCACAAUGAUGCAAAUCAAGGGAAGAAAGGGUUGCCGUGGCAGCGUGUGAAGUGGACGGAUAAAAUGGUUAAGCUUUUGAUAACUGCUGUUUCUUACAUUGGAGAGGAUGCGACUUCGGAUUGCAGUGGUGGCAGCUUGAGAAGGAAGUUUCAUGUCUUACAAAAGAAGGGGAAGUGGAAAUCGAUAUCGAAGGUCAUGGCUGAGAGGGGUCAUCUUGUUUCGCCACAGCAGUGUGAGGAUAAAUUCAAUGAUCUUAAUAAACGGUAUAAAAAGCUCAAUGACAUGCUCGGCAGGGGCACUUCUUGUGAAGUUGUGGAGAAUCCGGCACUUCUGGAUGUUAUAGAUUAUUUAACGGAAAAGGAAAAAGAUGAUGUUAAGAAAAUACUUAGCUCGAAACAACUUUUCUAUGAAGAGAUGUGUUCGUACCUUAAUGGAAAUAGAUUGCAUUUACCUCAUGAUCCAGCAUUGCAGCGUUCCUUGCAUUUGGCUCUUAAAAAUAACGAUGAUCAUGAUAAUGAUGAUUUUCGAAAGAACCUCCCUGAUGAUGUGGAUGAAGAUGAUGACGGAAUGGAAGCUGAUGAUCAUGAUGUGUUUGACGAAAAUCACACUUCAUGUACAGAUGGUAGGGGAUAUACGAAAAGGUCUAAACAUGAGCAGGCCUAUGUAGAUGCUUGUUUUGGGAAUUCAUCCCAAGAAGGCGAUAAAGGAUCUCACCCUCAUUUUCCGAGUCCCCAAGUUGACAUGAAUCAAGUGUCAUCGGAGAGUACAAAAGCAUCUUGGUUACAGAAGCAGUGGAUAGAAUCUCGAGCACUUCAGUUAGAAGAGCAGAAGGUGCAUGUUCAAGGUGAGACCUUGGCGUUGGAAAAACAACGAUUCAAGUGGCAAAGAUUUUGCAGGAAAAGAGACGGGGAGCUUGAAAAGUUGAGGAUGGAAAACGAGAGGAUGAAGCUUGAGAAUGAGAGAAUGAUGCUGGAGUUGAAGCGCAAAGAAUUGGGUAUUGAUUUUCAUUAGUUUGUCGAACCAGAUUGACUUGCAGGAUAUACUCUUUCGGUAAGCGGUUAUUGAGUGUUGAAUAAUACUGCAAUUCAUUUAGGAGGAGGAAUAUUGAUAGGAACUUAGUGCAGCUUCUAUUGUUUUAAGUCUAUUGAAAUGGUAUUUGCCUAUUAUUGAAGAAAUUGUCAUUUUUUCUGUUACCUCUUGAGUUUGGUUGAAGCUUGAAUGUAUAGCACCAGCUUGAUGAUUUAGCUAUACAUCUCAUUGUUUUUAGAUCUUUGAAAAUAUUGUUGUGCAUUUUUUGAGAACAUCACUAUCAUUUCUUCUUAGGCAAUAUCUGAAGGUCAGAGGUUAUGCAGCUACAACUAGGCUAUUGUUUGGGCAAUGAACUGAAAUUGGUUAAUUGGAAUAUAGCUUUUGUGUAGAUUUUUGAAUUUUUGGAACUGUUUAUGAAAGAAUUCUGCUGAAUUGUUAUUGUAAUAAAAGUAAAAUAUUUUGUCA